GGCAGCAGGCCUCGGCUCGGGAGCGCCCCACUUUCCCCGGCUUCCACUCCUCCGUCGUCUCCGGCCGAGGGGCACCGCCGAGGCGCCCCCAUGGAGAAGCGGGGCAAGCGAGUGGACUGUCCGGCGUUGCCUCCCGGGUGGAAGAAGGAGGAGGUCAUCCGCAAAUCGGGGCUGAGCGCCGGGAAAAGCGAUGUCUAUUACUUCAGUCCAAGUGGGAAGAAGUUCCGAAGCAAACCCCAGUUGGCCAGGUACUUGGGGAACACCGUUGACCUCAGCAGUUUCGACUUCAGGACAGGGAAGAUGAUGCCAAGUAAAUUGCAGAAGAACAAACAGAAAUUACGGAAUGAUUCACUCAAUCAGAAUAAGGGUAAACCAGAUUUAAACACAACGUUGCCAAUCAGACAGACAGCUUCUAUUUUUAAACAGCCUGUUACCAAAGUUACAAACCAUCCUAACAACAAAGUGAAGUCUGACCCACAACGAGUGAUUGAACAGCCCAGACAGCUUUUCUGGGAGAAGAGGCUUCAAGGCUUAAGUGCGUCAGAUGUCAGUGAGCAAAUCAUUAAAUCCAUGGAGCUUCCUAAAGGCCUUCAAGGAGUGGGCCCCGGGAACAGUGACGACACCCUUUUGUCGGCGGUGGCCAGCGCAUUGCACACGAGUUCAGCGCCCAUCACAGGACAGCUCUCGGCCGCCGUGGAAAAAAACCCAGCGGUGUGGUUAAACACGUCGCAGCCUCUCUGCAAAGCCUUCAUUGUUACGGAUGAAGACAUUAGGAAGCAAGAGGAGCGCAAACAGGUACGAAAGAAACUGGAGGAGGCACUGAUGGCAGAUAUCUUGUCCCGGGCUGCGGAUGCACCAGAAGUAGAUGAGGUUGAAAUGGACAAUGGAGAAGAGGCAUAAGAAUUAAAUAAUCAGGUACUUAAAAAAAAAGAGAAAGAGACUCCCAGAUAAAAAUUUCUGGAAAUUGGAAGCGCUUUUAUGCUUUCCGUUGGUCUUUUGUGAUAGAAGAAAGAAGACCUCUGCACAUUUAUAUAGCUUUCUAAUAGCAUUAAAAACCAAUGCCCUUUUUCGGCUCUUAUAUAUUAUUAUUAUUGUUAUUUAUUAUCCUAUUUUUGAUGUACAUAUCUUGUUAAGAAAAGAAAGAAAAAAGGGGAAAAGAAAAGAAAGAAAAACCCUACUCUUUUUUGUGUCUUACGACUUCAAAAGUCUUUUUAUUUUUAUUUUAUCCGUUUGGUGACGUCAAAAAAUUCCUGAAGAUGGAAGCUGAGCUUUUGCGAUGCCAAGUUGGUGAUCUUGUAGCGACGGACUUUCAAGCACUAAAUAAUGAGAAUUCUUCUUCUUUUUAUGUGUGCGGGUUUUUUUUUUUUUUACAAGAAUAGAUCAGGAAAACAGAUUGAUUCCCAGUUAAAAAACUAAACCAA